GCUAACUAUCUACUUCUUAGCCUACUUGUCCACCUCGAGAUUUAGACAUUCACUACACACAAGUGUGUGAGGUUAAUGUAGCAUAACGCAAAGGAUAUGCUAUCACUGAAUUAAAACACACGCCUUACAAAGAAACGUUGCUCCCCAGCACAGGGCUCUCCAACAGCCAUGUCCGGGAUUAAGAGGAAAAUAGAGGGCAAUGAUCCCGACUAUGAUGACAUUUCGCUGUUUCAAAAUAGCAAGAGAAACAAAGCGGUUGAACAUAAUGCCCGAGAAGCAGCAGUUCAGAAGAUUGAGACCAUCAUCAGAGAGCAGUUUUCUCUGGAGAUGAAGAACAAAGAGCAUGAGAUAGAUGUGAUAAGUCAGAGACUCAAUGAAGCCAGGAGGAUGAUGGACAAGCUAAGGGCAUGCAUAGUGGCUAAUUACUAUGCCAACGCCGGAAUAACAAAGCUCCCAGAGCAUGUUUCUAAGAGUGACCCUGCCGUGCUGAACCACCCAGCCAUCCGACGGUUCCUGGAGUCCCCAUCCCGGUCCUCUUCCCCUCUCAACCAGGGCUCCGAGACUCCUUCUCUGGCCCACUCAGAGUCCGAGUCUCUCUCACAGCAAGGAGACGGAGCUGAGAAGGAUGGAGAGGGGGCAUGGAGAGAGGACGGCAGCAGGCAGGAGCGUAGGCCAGGUCGCAAUACAGGCAAGGACACAUUUGGCGUUCCAUUGUCCUUAGGAGCAGAGCAGAGGGUGACUUAUCAAACUACUGGAAAUGAAGCCUCUAGACUCUUUGCAAAAAAGACAAUUGUAGUGGGGAACGUGUCCAGGUACAUUCCCCCAGAUAAGCGUGAAGAGAAUGACCAAUCUACCCAUAAGUGGAUGGUGUACGUCAGGGGCUCCAGGAGGGAGCCCAGUAUCGACCACUUUGUGAAGAAAGUCUGGUUCUUCUUGCAUCCCAGCUACAAACCCAACGACCUAGUGGAAGUCAGUGAGCCACCCUUUCAUUUAACACGUCGUGGUUGGGGUGAGUUUCCUGUGAGGAUCCAGAUCCACUUCAAAGACCCUCGCAACAAACGUAUUGACAUCAUCCACCAGCUAAAGCUGGACAGGACGUACACUGGGCUGCAGACACUCGGGGCAGAAACUGUGGUUGAUGUGGAGCUCUAUAGGAACUCUCUUGGGGAGGACUACAUCCCUCAGCCCUCUUCCUCCAAGGUGACUCACAGAGCGGCCAGCCCCACGUCGUCCACCUCCCUGGCUCAAAGUUAUGGACGCUCUAGUUCUCCCAUCUCACAUGAUCCCAGCGUAGACAAAGGUUUCAUCAAAGUGGAGAUGGGAAGGUCUGCAGGUGGCCACAGCUCCGGCCUCACUGCUGGUGAACGCACGCCGACCCGGCCCAAAGUCAGCGACAGGAUCACUCUGGGUUCCCAUGGCAACUCUGCCUUCCAGCCUAUCACAGCAAGCUGUAAGAUUGUCCCACAAGGAAUGCCACCCAGCCCUGCUGAGUCUCCCAGUAAAUCGUUCCAACCAAUCACCAUGAGCUGUAAAAUUGUUUCAGGGUCUCCCAUCUCCACCCCGAGCCACUCGCCGCUGCCUCGCACACCGACCACCUCAACCCCAGUCCACAGCAAGCAGAGCUCCUCAUCAGUCCUCAAUAACCCUUACAUCAUUGUUGACAAGCCCGGCCAGGUGAUCGGCAUGGCUUCCUCAUCCGCCGCCUCCACAGGAAGCCCCUCCGCCAAACAGUCUGUUGCUCAGGGCACUCGCUCUCCAGCCCCCAAAGUUCACACUGGCACCUUCCUCUCAUCAGGGGUGAAGGUUAUUAUUAAGCAGGAGCCAGGGGAAGUCUCGACACAUCAGCAGCAGAUGGUUUCCACAGUAACCAGCCAGCAGCAACCUGCUGCUACAGCAGCACACCAGUUUGUCGCAGUGAAGGGAGGUCACAUGAUCUCCAUGUCAGCCCAGAAACAGGCAGGAGGGGCCACAGGGGCCACAACUAGCAAGAUGUUAGGCAUUCCUGUUAGCUCAACGCUCCAGUCAGCGGUCAAACAGGUGGCUAUCAGCAGUGGACAGAUUCUGGUGGCCAAGGGCAACCCUUCUGUCUCCAAGGUGAUGGGUGGGAAGCAGGUCUUGGCUCAGGGAGUCGCUAAAGCCAUCGUCAGUGGAGCCAGUGGCAUCUCUGGUCAGCAGGCUGCUACCAAGGCGGCUGGUGGUUCAAGUGGCAAGAGUGGAGUGAUGGCCACUCUUCAGCUGCCAGCCAACAACUUGGCCAAUCUGGCUAAUUUACCUCCAGGCACCAAGCUCUACCUGACCACCAACAGUAAAAACCCCUCGGGGAAGGGCAAGCUGCUUCUCAUCCCACAGGGAGCUAUCCUCCGAGCCUCCAGUGCAAGUCAGCAGUCCCAGAGCAGCUCUUCGGCAGGUGCUGGUGCUUCUCAGACCUCCUCCUCCUCCUCUUCCAGCAGUCUGCCUUCUAACCUCUCCUACACGUCAUAUAUCCUUAAACAGACCCCACAGGGCACGUUUCUGGUUGGCCAGCCAGCACAGGGUUCAGGGAAGCAGGGAGGUUCAAGUUCGGCAGCUCAUGCAGCAUCAACUCCAGCAACUGUUACCCAGCAGGCCAUACGGGUGACAGCUGGACAGAAGGCGGCUAUCCUGGCUCAGGUGGUGGGCGGCUCCCAGGGCGCACAGAUGAAGUUGUCUGACGGCUCUGUAAAGACGGUCACGGCAUCUGCAGCAGGCCACUUGUCCAAGCCGGGGACGACCACAUUGAGGAUGACAGGCGGAGUCAUCACGGCCGCUAGUUCCACCCCCGGUUCUGUCAGUGCUGCAGCAGUAGCCAGUCAACAACAGGCUACAGAUGGUGGGAAAUCUGCCUCUCAACACCACUCGCUCCUGGUGGCAGCCAACCAGGCAGCAGUAAUCAGUGCCGCUAAGAGCGCCAGUGCUGCUGCUGGAGGCAGCCUGUCAAAGACGGCUGUGGCCGCCUUGGUCAAGGGUGCCGGAAACGCUGCCGCAAUGACAAAGAGUGCUCCAGGUUCGACGGGAGCUGUGGUAACAGUAGCCAAAGGCAUUACCAGCAUGCCCGUCGUGAGCAUGUCCAAGGGUGCAGGGGCGGGGACUGUGGUGGGUGUGCCCAAAAGCAGCGGCACGUCAUUGGUCACUGCAGCCUCAUUAGUCAGCGGAAUGGCUGCAGGAGGAGGGAAGACGGGCGCUACUCUCUCAGGUAUGCUGAAGAUCCAUUCUGGAGGUUCCAGCUCCCAGCAAACAGUCUUAACCAUCCCUGCCAACCAGCUCAAGCAGCUGGGGGUCGGCACUGGGUCUGGGGGGGUGCAGACCAUACUCAUGCCUGUUGGGAAAGUAGUGUCUAAAGGCCCAGUCUCCAGUACUCCUUCCUCCUCCUCUUCCACCACUCCUGGAGCAGCUGGAGCUGGAGCCUCCCCAAGUCCUGCCAGACAGGCGUCCCCCUCCCUUGCCCUGCCUCUGGCACAAGUGAAGACAGAGCCAGGUGCCAGCACAGCUGUCACAGCUGGUCCGUCUCCCCCGGUCACUGCUCCUGUCCCCACUUCUGUCAGCGUUGCCUCUGCAGUCAAGCAGGAGCAAGGGGCAGAUACAUCAGCACACGACCUCAUCAACACUGAACACAUAGAGACCAUGAUGCAGCUGCUGACGGCCGUAAUAAAGAAGUUCCCUCUUAUUGUUCCAGACAAGACUGAAGACUCCCAUCCAUUCUGUGCCUCUUCAACAGAACAGUAUUAUUCCUGGACUAUUGGCAAGCGCAGAGCAUCAGAGCUUCAGCGAGCGGUUGCAGUAAAGCGGGUCGUCCAGGAUGUGUUGGAUCGCUCGCCCCGCCUGCAGGCCCUCACCCCCCCAAAGACCAGAGAGGUGGCGCAGUGGUGCCGUCAGAGGGGCUACACGCCACCUGACCUCGAACCCCAACGCAAGAAUGACGACGAGUCCAUCGAGGACAUCCUCACGCAGAUAGAUAACGAGCCCGAGUGCCCGACGACCCUGAGCAGUUGCGAGGAGCUGGUGCUGCGGCUGGAGCAGAUGCAAGCUCUGCUGAAGACUGAACCAGAGGAGGCCGACGACAAAAUAGUCGACAUCGUCACUGUGACCCCUCCCUGCCAGAAACUAAAGGUCAAAGAAGAGGAGCAAGAGGCUGAUUCGGAGCCUAAGUUCUUCCUGGGCCCCUGUGUGUCCGCUCAGUUUGUCAGUGAGACAGCGCAGCAAAUCGGGGUGACCUUCCAGCCAGUCGAGGUGGAGAAAAAUGUGUUCGCUCCAGUAGUGGAAGCCAUGAUUCUGAAGGCUACUGAACAGUUUGCCAGUGAUGUCCUGAGAGAAGCUCUGGCUGGGGCCUUCGCCAAAUCCCCUCAGAACAGGGCUCCAAGAGAGAUCACAGCUAUGAACAUCCACCAGGCGGUCAGUAGCAUCCCCACCUGUGACUUCGUCACCAACACGCACAUGGGUUACCUUUCUAAGGACAAUUGAGGAAUAACAACAAAGACACUGACUGGUAACCAACAAGUAACAAGACGUGAGGACUGUUUGAACUCCUGGUUACGACAAAGAGACUCUGUGAACUGACGGUGUGAAUGGUCACACUAGGAUUUAGUCCUGUUGCCUCAGGUUGCGCAGUUAUAACUAAUGUACUGUAUUCAUUAACUUAAUCAUAGAAGGGCUCAUCUUGCUUCUCACAGCAGCCACAUAACAGCUGUUUCUAAUACCCUGGGUAUAUUGUAACAUUUUAGUCCUAAUAUAUUGAGGAGCAGCGUUGUGGGACUCGUGUUAUUUGAUUUUAUGAGGCUGUUGUGCUGUAGCUUACCUCAUAACAAGAUUAUUUUAAUGAUGAAGUGUUUCCUGCUAGACAGCCAGCCAGUCAUCAGGGAAACGAAGCCUGAGUGACUUACAGGGCCAGAAAAAACUACAUCAGACAGCUGUUCUCUCCUUAAUGCUUCACCCUGCUGUCACAGAUUCAGUUUACCAACAGAGGUGAACCACCGAUUUACAACAAGUUGGAAACACUAAUGAACAUCUGAGUGUUAGAGUUCUCUAUCAAUCACAUUGAUAGCGAUGUCAGGUGGAUGCUUUGGGCUAAGAAAAGAGAGAUUUUUCCAAAAGUGCCAUUGCUAUGGCAACCAAUGCUCCGUCACUGCGAACAUCCUUUGAUAUAUUUCAGUGUUACCUGGCAGAGGUAAUUAUGGUUCUUAAUAUGCCGCUGUUUUUAUAAAGGCUCUUCAGAAGAGGUGACAGAUUCAUGUUUCUUAUUUUUAAGUUGCAGACAGAUAAUGAAUGGUUAUGAAAAAUCCCAUGUUUGACUCUUAACAAGACCCAGCAAAUAGUCUAAUGAACAGAUCAUACUGUCAUUAUGACUUCAAGACAUCACUCUCAAUAUUUAUCUUCUCUCCUUCGUGAAACCGGUUUGAUAACCAGUUGAAAGUGCUUUUAAGUGUACUGGUUAACAACCAUGAUGUAUCAAUCAUGUGAUGUGCACAGUGUAUAUGACCAAUAUGAAAUAGAUGGUGUUUUCAAAUCCUGUUGUAUUUUUGUAUCUAAUAACAAUAACUGCGAACAGUAAAGCCCUAACAGUAGUGAGUGAGUGUGUGUGUAUGAACAUGUGUGUAUAGUGGAUGUAGUCAUCACAAAAAUUAAUUAAUUUGAUGGUAAGUGAGAGUGAGUGAGUGUGUGAGUGUGUGUGUGUGUCGUUGGCUGUUGUAGUGUUGGUAAUUCUGUUUCAUGUGGAGCUUUGCAUUAUGUUAAUGUGUCGACUGAUUGGACGAGUGAGAGUGUUUGGCCUGAGUGGUUGUGAUGCCUGUUCAACCAAAUUAGUGUAGAAGGUUACCCAAACAUUGUAUUUUCAUGUUUCACUGCAAACCAAAAAUAUAAUCAAUAUUCUUGUAAUAAACAAAGAAAAACUC